AUGUCUGAGCUGGGUGGUGGCGUCAUAGAGACAGUGUCAGUAUUCCGGUUCCGGGGCAGUGAACUAGAAUUCUACACUGUUAUAAGCAGCCAAACAGGUACCGAUGAGCAGCAUCACGCUCUUGGGACACCAGACACUCAGAAAUCGUCGCUUACUCAGUCAAAGGUUGAGAAUGACAACACAUGGCUACAUUCUGAACAAGAGGAUGCUGAACAUGGAAGAAGUGAGCAACACUUAGUACAAAAUGUAAAGAAGAAACCUUUAUAUGGCUGGUCUAGUCUCAUAAAAGCUAUAUUUCAAGAGAAAGAAAACAGAAGCAGAAGCGAAGAAGAUGACAGCAGCGACAGCAGUAGUAAUGACAGCAGUGACAGCAGUGGAAGUGACAAUGAAAAUUCUAGUGGUGAUAACAGUGACAGCAAUGAAAGUGAUGGAGAUGAUAGUAACAGCAGUAGUAGUGAUGAGGAAAAUACUAGUGGUAAUAACAGCGGCAGUAAUGACAGUGAUGAAGAUGACAGUAGUAAUGAUGAUGAAAAUACUAGUGGUAGUAACAGUGGCAGCAAUGAGAAUGAUGAAGACGACAGUAACAGUAGCAACAGCAAUAGUAACGAUGAUGAAAACAACAGUGGUAAUCACAAUGGCAGUAAUGACAGUGAUGAAGAUGAUAGUGGUAAUGAUGAUGAAAAUAAUAGUGGUAAUAACAGUGGCAGCAAUGAGAGUGAUGAAGAUGACAGUGGCAAUAGCAACAGCAGUAGUAACGAGGAUGAAAACAACAGUGGUAACAACAGUCAGAUGGAGAUGGAGGUGAUGGUGGACAUGGAGGCGAUGGUGGAGACGGAGGCGAUGCUGGAGAUGGAGGUGAUGGUGGAGACGGAGGCGAUGGUGGAGAUGGAGGCGAUGGUGGAGACGGAGGCGAUGGUGGAGACGGAGGUGAUGGUGGAGACGGUGGUGAUGGAGGUGAUGCUGGAGAUGGAGGCGAUGGUGGAGAUGGAGGCGAUGGAGGAGACGGAGGCGAUGGAGGAGACGGAGGCGAUGGAGGAGACGGAGGCGAUGGAGGAGACGGAGGCGAUGGAGGAGACGGAGGCAAUGGAGGAGACGGAGGCGAUGGAGGAGAUGGAGGUGAUGCUGGAGACGGAGGCGAUGGUGGAGACGGAGGCGAUGGUGGAGACGGAGGUGAUGGUGGAGACGGAGGUGAUGGUGGAGACGGAGGUGAUGGUGGAGACGGAGGUGAUGGUGGAGACGGAGGUGAUGGUGGAGACGGUGGUGAUGGAGGUGAUGCUGGAGAUGGAGGCAAUGGUGGAGACGGAGGUGAUGGUGGAGACGGAGGCGAUGGUGGAGACGGAGGUGGUGCUGGAGACGGAGGUGAUGGCGGAAACGGAGGUAAUGGUGGAGACGGAAGCGGUGGUGGAGACGGAGGUGAUGGUGGAGAUGGUGGUGAUGGAGGUGAUGCUGGAGAUGGAGGCGAUGGUGGAGACGGAGGCGAUGGAGGAGACGGAGGCGAUGGAGGAGACGGAGGCGAUGGAGGAGAUGGAGGUGAUGGUGGAGACGGAGGUGAUGGUGGAGACGGAGGUGAUGGUGGAGACGGAGGUGAUGGUGGAGACGGUGGUGAUGGAGGUGAUGCUGGAGAUGGAGGUGAUGGUGGAGACGGAGGCGAUGGUGGAGACGGAGGUGAUGGUGGAGACGGAGGUGGUGCUGGAGACGGAGGUGAUGGUGGAAACGGAGGUAAUGGUGGAGACGGAAGCGGUGGUGGAGACGGAGGUGAUGGUGGAGAUGGUGGUGAUGGAGGUGAUGCUGGAAAUGGAGGCGAUGGUGGAGACGGAGGCGAUGGAGGAGACGGAGGCGAUGGAGGAGACGGAGGCGAUGGAGGAGACGGAGGUGAUGGUGGAGAUGGUGGUGAUGGAGGUGAUGCUGGAGAUGGAGGCGAUGGUGGAAAUGGAGGCAAUGGUGGAGAUGGAGGCAAUGGUGGAGAUGGAGGCGAUGGUGGAGAUGGAGGUGAUGGUGGAGAUGGAGGCAAUGGUGGAGAUGGAGGCGAUGGUGGAGAUGGAGGUGAUGGUGGAGAUGGAGGCAAUGGUGGAGAUGGAGGCGAUGGUGGAGAUGGAGGCGAUGGUGGAGAUGGAGGUGAUGGUAGUGAUGGAGGUGAUGUUUGACGAUCUGAGAGUGGACGGCAGUAUAUUUAGCAGUUAA